AUUUUCUUCACAUAAUGUGUGUGCGCAUCCCAGAUGUAGACACCAAACAGUCAGUUUAGUGGAUGUUCGUCCUCAUAACUAUUCGACUCUGCUAAAUAAUUUUGUUUUCUAUCUAUGACGUCAGAUUCUUGUACACAAUGAAGCUGACUGUGGUAAAAGCCUCCUCUAGCUGCCUCCGAUGCUCGGUAUUGCGGGUAUUAAUGCCACAAACCAAUGUAACUACUAGCAAAUUCAUCAAUCUGGAUCGGCACAGUAGCACUAGCACAUCGUCUGGUGUAAAAAGGAAAGUAAAACCAAGAAUGAAAGCAUGGCAGAUUUAUCAGUAUGGAGGAAAUGAAGAGCUCACACUAUCAUCAUCAGCAAAGAUUCCAGAAAUUAAGAAUCCUAAAGACCUCCUCAUAGAGAUCCAUGCUGCCAGUGUCAAUCCCAUUGAUGUUAGAAUGAGAGAUGGUUACGGUAGAACAAUGAUAAAUCAGAUGAGAAAAUGGUUUGGAACAACCUCUGGUGGAACUGAAUUCCCACUUACACUGGGACGGGACUUUUCUGGUGUUGUCAAACAAACUGGCCACGGGGUGUCAAGGUUUAAACCUGGAGAUGAGGUGUGGGGAGCAUUGGCUGCAGAACGACCUGGAACUCAUGCUCAGUACUGUGUGGCUGGAGAGAAAGAGAUCUGCCACAAGCCUACCUCACUAUCACAUACAGAGGCAGCGUCUAUACCCUAUGUUGCUUUGACAGCCUGGGCAGCACUUUGUUUCGUUGGUGAGAUGACAGAGAAGAACACACCAGGAAAAAGGGUUUUAGUCCAUGGUGGAGCUGGCGGAAUAGGGACAUUUGCAAUACAGUUAAUGAAAUCGUGGGGAGCACAUGUUAUAACAACGUGUUCAACAGACGCUAUGCCUCUAGUCAAACACUGUGGGGCUGACGAUGUUAUUGAUUACACAACGCAUAAUGUAGCAGAUGCACUCGCAAAUCUUGACAAGGUUGAUGUUGUGUUAGACCCUCUGGGAGGGGAAACUCCUAGUUUUACCCUGGAUGUCCUGAGGUCCUGGACUGGUGCUAAAUAUGUGAGUCUUGUUAUGCCAGUGCUGCCUGCAAUGGAUAAGCUUGGUCUGAUAGGAGGUCUGGCACAGUCUGUCGCGGAUUUAAACUUCAUGGCCAUAAAGAGUUUCUCUAAAGGUGGUGUAAACUUUAGAUGGGCAUUUUUCAUGCCAAAUGCUAAUGCUUUGAGGAAAAUCACCUUGAUGGUAGAUGCUGGACAAAUACAACCUGUUAUAGACAAAGUAUUCAAGUUCGAGGACUUGCCAGAGGCUUAUGAGAAAGUCGGAAGAAGAAAGGGUCGAGGAAAAACAGUCAUAGACAUGUUAUCAUGAAACUAAUGCUGCAGAUUAAAACAGUUUGAAACCACAAUGUAGAUGUUUAUAUUCUAUAAAUACUUAUAUUAUUUGAUUUAACAAAUAAACAAGGCCUUCGAGUGGUUUGUUGCCUGACUGUUUAUCAUGGUUCAGAUGCGCAAGAAUUGUACCACCAGGGCAUUAGCCCGAGUGGUCAAAUUUCUUUGAUCUGACGGAAUAACCAUGGUAAAUUAGACGACAAACCACAAGAGGACCUUGAUUGUUUCAAUGGUCAUUUAAAUAUUUUGAUAAGAAUUUUGCUGGGUUUCAUUUAUCCAGGUAGUAAUAAACCGGACAUCAUGCAGCAAUUUGAUGUCUUUAUUGAUGUCAUAAUGUUUCUUACCGGUCAACAUGUCAACCAUUGUUUAUAUACAGUACUUGACUUUCUUCCUUGUUAAACUGUCAGUCAAAUGCAGCCACGUUAGAAUGUAAACUUAAUGGAAGUUCCUUUUAAUGCUUUUCCCUGAAUUAUUUACACAUUAUACCCAAAUUCGUAAAUAAAAAUGUGAACAAUUGCUUCCUGGUAUCUGUGUAAGCAUUACAUAUUUUUGUGUAUAAACAGUACAGUAAGUUAGUUUUGAAGUAGCACACACCUAAUACAUGUUAUAGGCUACAUGUAUAACUAAACAAAGUAUACUACAUGUGUACUACCACAAAAAUGCUCGAGUCCGACGUUCUUUUUUAACAUAUGACUGAUUAUACUUAAUUGUAAAUGUACCUCAACAAACACAGUUUUUCAGUCCAUUUGAUGGGGACUUAAAACAUAUUAUGUUACAUGUAUUAUUUAGCAAAUAAUCAAGGCCUUCAAGUUGUUUAUCGUCUGAUUUACCACGGUUCAGAGUUCAGAUGUGUAGGAAUUGAACCACGAGGGUGUUAGCCGGAGUGGUUAAAUACUGAAGCAUCUGAACGAUGAACCGUGGUAAAUUAGACGAUAAAUAACAAGAAGGCCUUGAUUGUUUUCAUUCUGACAUGCUCAUUGAUAUAUUUUAAUAGAUAUUAUACUGGACUUCGUUUACGCAAGGAGUAAUUAUGGAACGUCAUGUGGCAAUAUGACGUAAUAAUUGACGCCAUAAUGCUCUCUUACCGGUCCGCGCGUCAACCGUUGUUUAUCGCAGAAUAUAUAGAGAUUGUUGGUUUUCUUCUUUGUUUAACUGGAAAUAAAAUCCAGCCAUGUUAGAAUUAAAGAUAAACUUCGACGUAAUGUGAAAUGUUCGAAUUAGAUAACUUUAAGUGGAGAAGAAAAUGUAGUUCCUUUGUAAUUUUUAAAGGUACACGUCCAGAUUUAUGUAAUGUCUUUAUCAAAAUCAAGACAGAACACUCACUUGUUAAAAUAUAUUCAGUAAGAAA